UUUAACGGCAAACCGAAAAACGCUGCCACUCUUCAUUAUUAUUAUCAACGCUCCAAGCACACUGGUAGGUUUUGUUCUCUCUCUCAUAGAAACCAUCGAAAAAUAUAUGUGUGAUUUGUCUCUGUGUUUCUUUUAAUUGUUCAUCACAGUGUGGGUGACGAUCUCCCCGAAGCUCCACUUCUCUCUCAUAAUACCAUCUCUCUCUCUUUCUCUUCUUCUUUUUUUUUCUUGGGUAAGAUCAGUUGUUUUCCUUCUAAUUUCUGGAUUGGAGGAAAGUUUACUCCCAUUCGCCCGAUCGCUAACUCAGAUCUCUCCAACUCAUUUGUUUCUAUACGGUGCCUUUCUGUUCCAUUGCUGCAUUCGGCCUAUUCGUGGGAAAAUGGCUUCCAUGGCCCAAUCUCCGAUUCCUUUCACUGAGAAUUUGGCUUUGAAACCUACUGCAUCUGAUCUUUUGAGAAGCUUAACUAAUGGUGUCUGUGGUGUGCCACUAAAAUCCCUUGGAAGAUCCCAAUUAGGAGCAAAGAGGAGAGACUUUGCUAUAACAGCGAAGGUUAGGAAAGUGAAAAAGCAUGAAUAUCCAUGGCCAGAGGACCCUGACCUCAAUGUAAAGGGUGGAGUGCUAAGCCACCUCUCCCCUUUCAAGCCUUUGAAAGAGAAGCCAAAACCAGUUACUUUGGAUUUUGAGAAACCUCUCUUGGACCUUCAGAAAAAAAUAGUUGAUGUGCAAAAGAUGGCAAAUGAAACCGGUCUGGAUUUCACUGAUCAGAUUAUCUCACUAGAGAAUAAAUAUCAACAGGCUCUGAAAGAUUUGUACACACAUUUGACUCCGAUACAACGUGUUAACAUUGCAAGGCAUCCGAACAGGCCAACAUUUCUUGAUCAUGUCUUCAAUAUUACUGAAAAGUUUGUGGAGCUCCAUGGUGAUAGAGCUGGAUAUGAUGAUCCUGCUAUUGUCACUGGACUUGGUACGAUAAACGGAAGAAGCUACAUGUUCAUGGGCCAUCAAAAAGGCAGGAACACAAAAGAGAAUAUCCAACGCAACUUUGGGAUGCCAACUCCUCAUGGUUAUAGGAAGGCACUUCGCAUGAUGUAUUAUGCCGAUCAUCAUGGAUUUCCAAUUAUCACUUUCAUUGACACUCCAGGGGCUUAUGCUGAUCUCAAGUCUGAGGAACUGGGCCAAGGGGAAGCGAUUGCUCAGAAUUUGAGGACUAUGUUUGGUCUGAAAGUACCAAUUAUUUCAAUUGUUAUGGGUGAAGGUGGCUCUGGUGGCGCUCUGGCUAUUGGUUGUGCUAACAAGCUGUUAAUGCUUGAAAAUGCAGUCUUUUAUGUUGCCAGCCCUGAAGCAUGUGCGGCAAUCUUGUGGAAGACUGCGAAAGCUUCACCGAAGGCUGCCGAAAAGCUAAAAAUAACCGCUACAGAGCUGACUAAGUUACAAAUUUGUGAUGGUGUCAUCCCAGAACCUCUUGGUGGUGCACAUGCAGAUUCAUAUUGGACUUCUCAACAGAUAAAAACUGCAAUUGUUGAAUCAAUGGAUGAACUCUUUAAGAUGGACACUGAAACCCUAUUAAAACAUAGAGCUCAAAAGUUCCGGAAACUUGGUGGAUUCCAAGAAGGAAUUCCCAUCGAUCCCAAAAGGAAGGUCAAUAUGAAAAUGAAAGAAGAACCUAUAGUUCCAAUCAGCAAGACUUCAGAAUUAGAGUUGAAGGACGAGGUUGAAAAACUGAAACUGCAGAUAUUGGAAGCUAGCAAGUCUUCGGCAGAGCGCCCAGAAACUGGAUUGAAAGAGAUGAUUGCGAAAUUGGAAAGGGAGAUCGAUUAUGAGUAUGACGAGGCUGCAAAAGCUAUAGGUAUGGAGGACAAUAUUUUGAUGUUGAGGGAAGAAGUUGCAAAAGGAAGGAACCUAAGUGACCAGCUUGCACAUCCUGCUUUGAAGGAAAAGAUCGAACAAAUGAAGGAAGAAUUUGCCAAGAAUCUCCCUUCGGCUCCUAAUUACCCCAGCCUGGUAUAUAAACUUCAGAUGCUGAAAGAGCUAUCCAAAGCUUUGAAUUUUUCAAAGAAAAGCACUGACAAAGAUGAACUGAAACUUGAAAUUAAUAAGAAAUUUAACGAAGUCAUGGAUCGUCCUGAUGUGAAACAAAAGAUCGAGGUACUGAAGGCUGAAAUUGAAAACUCAGAAAUUGAUUCAAAUCCGGAGCUAAAGGAAAAGAUUAUGCAGUUGAAAGGAGAGUUAGAGUCGGAAAUUAAGGGGGUUCUUACAUCCGUGGGUUUGCAGGUGGUUUCUUCACGCCCAGAAACAGUGGCAAAAAUAAAUGCCUUUGAUCAAGAAAUUAAUGUAGUUAUAGACAAUGUUGUCAAUUCAUCGGAUUUGAAAGACAGGAUUGAGCUGCUAAAGGCAGAGGUGGAGAAAGCUGGAAAUAGACCGGAUGAGGACUCGAAAAGCAAGAUUCAGGCCUUGACUGCAGAAAUCAAGGAAGCCAUUUCGGAUGCUAUAAGUUCUUCAGAAUUGAAAGAAAAACAUGAAAGGCUGGCAGCUGAGAUAUUAGAAGCUUCAAAAAAUGGAAGUUUAGGUAAAGAGAAUACAGAAGAUUCACUAGUGCAUCAAUCUGGAAACUAACAGCAGCUUUUCCUGAUAAGAGGAUGGUACAAAGCUGACGAUCGGCAUGGCUUAAAUCUGUUGAAACUACAUUGACAUACUGAGGAAUGCGUCCCUAAAUCGUGUCAUUUUAGUUGUUCUUAGAGAGCGAAAACUGCAUAAAUCAUUUGGUGAGUUCAUUAACAGUUAUGGUGAGUUGUAAUUUCCGUAAAAUUAUAGUAAUCUGUGUCGAAUUGUGUUUAGGUUGAAUAAGAUGAAUCAAGUUUUGAGGCCAAAUGAUCUGGUAAUUGUGGCUUGUUCGAUGUGCCGUCAUCUCCAUCGUUGACAAAUUGAAUGUUAUACAACUCAUAUUUGUGAAAUUUAAAUAUAUUUUAUAUUAAUGUUUUUUGAGGUACAUUAUCCUGAUUAUAUAGGUCAUUUGGCUUUUCUUA